AUGGAAUCCUCUGAGAAUCUUAAUAACGACUAUAGUGUUGUUUUCACAGGAGGAGGAUUUAUAUCGAAAGAUCGCAAGAAUGAGGAUGAAAUUAUAUUUAUAUUCCAUGUUCAUAUGCCAGAAAAUAUUGAUAAAAUUGGUCAACCCGUAGUUCUCGGUGAUGGACAAGAAUUAGGAUUUUGGGAACAACCCAAUAUAAAACUUCAUCAGCCACUUCCUCAAAGUCCUACAUAUUGGCGAUCUGACUCGGUUAAAAUUUCUGUAUCAAUUACUACUGAAGGAUAUGAUAUUCAAUACAAGUACGCUAUUUGUGAAAAAGAAAGCGAAAAAAAUAUCCUCGAAGGAAAUAGCAAUCGAGAAAAUCGCACUUUGGAUAUUAUGAGAAUUGAUCAAUUCGGUAUAUGGAAAAAUACUUAUGAUCUGCCUAACAAAUUUCGCUUGUUCCCAAAAUAUAUACGCGACUUUGCUUUUGUUGAUUAUAUUUAUAAUUCUGUCAAUGUUAAUAACUUAAAGGAUAAAGUUUUGGAGUAUCAAUAUUUAUUAUCUAUUUACAAUGAACUUACGAUUCGUGUGUCAGAACCAAAUUUUAUUAUCAAUCAUAUUGAUGAUAAAUUAAGAGAAAAACGACUUUUCUCAUGUCUUCUCUUAGGAUAUUAUGUUUCAAGGCAAAAUACAAUUUAUGAAUUACCGAAUCAAUUUCCAUCUGAUUUAUUGUUAGAUGCACUUGAGGGUUAUAAGCAAGAAGUAUUACCAUCAGAUACUAAAGAUCCAAUGUAUAAUGCUAUUACAACAUUAAUUCAUCAUAAUGCUUUUAAAAUGCAAUUUAAUUGGUUAAAGGUUUUUACAAUCGAUGUUGUAGUUGAGUCUAAUUAUAUGUUCAUUGAUCGCUUAAGAACCUUAAAAUAUCCGAAUAACCAUUUAUUAACAAAAUUUAUUGAAGAAGUUAAAGUAGUUAUGCCUUAUAUUGACAACCAUAAGUUUGAAAAACUUGCUAAGUGGUUAAUUGAAUUAUGUCAAGAUAUGGACGGACUUCUUAAACUUUGGAGUGAUGUACUUUCGUGUCGUGAAGUGAACGAUAAAAAUAUUCUCAAGUGUUUUAUCGAUCGAAUUCAAGAGAAUAUUUCUGUUGAUGAUGCUGUUGCUUUAGCAAACCAUUUUAAAGAUAUCCCUAAAAUUUUCCGAGAAAAUGUUUCUAGCGUUUUCCGUGAUCGUGUCUUUUUAUUACUUAGUAGUCCAAGUAGCAAGUGGACAAAUCCAAAUAUCUUUGCUAUACAGAACUUGCUACGAAAUGGUAACCUGAACUGGCGCAGUGAUGACGCCAUAAUUUCAAUGGAACUUAUAUCUCAAUCUAAUAAUUUUGAAUUAUUGAAUAUCUUUCCGGAAAUUUUGGAUGACUGGUUUCGAAGGGAAUUUUCUGAUUCUAAGAAAAAGAUACCAAUUAUUUGU